AUGUCUGUGUCGCCGGUGUCGACGCACAUCGCAGCAGACGACGUCGAGAAGGGAGGGAACGACGUAGAAGACGUCAAGGGCGACGGAGAGGCGGGAGUACCGGAGGUUGCGAAGGUCGACGAGGAGAAGCCGCUUGCGCCGCCUUCGUUCCCUGAUGGAGGGCGCAGGGCGUACAUGACGACGCUCGGAGGAGUGCUGGUGUUGUUCUGCACCUUCGGGACGUCGAACACCUACGCCUCGUUCCAGGAUGAGUGGCAGCGUAACCAACUGAAGGACUACACGCCAAGCAGCAUCGCCUGGAUCGGCUCAGCCCACCUCUUCAUCCUCUUCAUCAUGGGCCUCCCCUCCGGCCGCCUCUUCGACGCGGGCUACUUCCGCUACCAGUUGCCCAUCGGUUCGCUCCUAUGGUGCCUCGGCAUCUUCAUGCUGAGCUUGUCGACCGAGUACUACCAGCUCUUCCUAUCCUUCUCCGUCUGCCUGGGCAUGGCGCUCGGCCUCGUCUUCUCCCCGACUCUUUCCUGCGUCGCCUCGUACUUUUCGCCGAAGAAGCGAACCGCGUUCAUGGGUAGCGUAGCAGCCGGUGCAGCGCUCGGAGCCGUCGUCUUCCCCAUCAUCACCAACCACGUCUUCCCUCGGCGAGGCUUCCCCUUCGGCAUCCGUAUCCUCGCCUACAUCCACGUCGCCCUCCUCCUCCUCGCCAACAUCCUCAUGCGACCCAGGAACGACAUCCCCCCUCGCAAACCUCCUCCAGCGCUACCGCUCAUCUCGAGCUUCCUCAAGCAGCCGGCGACGUGGUGUGCGUGCUUGGGAUGCGCGUUCGUCAUGCUGGGCAUGUUCAUUCCGAUUUUCUACGUCCAAGUGUUCGUCCAGGACCACGGCGCGAGUCCUACAGUCGUGACCUACGCCCUCCCAAUUCUCAACGCCGCCGCCUGCCUCUCCCGCGUAAGCAUCGGCGUCGCAGCCGACAAAUUCGGAAACUUGACCGUUGCCGUACCCGUCACGACGCUCAUAGGCGGGAUGAUUUUCGCCAUGCUUGGGGCGACGUCGACGGGUGGAGCGGUCGCGUUUUGUGUCGUGUUUGGGGCGGCGAGUGGGGCUUGGGUGACGAUCAUGGCCCCGUCGCUCAUCUCGCUCUCCGCAAGCGUCCGCGAAUUCGGUGUCCGCGCCGGUCUAGGCUUCCAAUUCGUCGCCCUCGCCUCCCUCAUCGGCUCCCCAGUAGCCGGCGCCAUCUUGGGUGCGACGCCCCGAACCUCUUCAGGCGAGGCAAACUACCUCGGCGUCUGUGUCUUUGGUGGGUGCGCGACGUUGGUUGGCGCGGGGUUGCUUGCGGUUGCGAGGGGGUGUCAGGUUAGAGCGAAGGGGACGCAGUGGGUGUAG